AUGAAAGUAAAACCAAGCAAGUCUCGUAGCUUAGUUAUAAAGAAUGGAAAAGUAAAAGAAGUAAGAUUCAAGAUAGAAGGAGAGGCAAUACCAAUAGUCUCAGAGAAGCCAGUAAACUUAGGGAAAUUCUUUAAUGACACUUUAACAGACAGACAAAAUGUGAAAGAAACAUGCAGACAGCUGGAUGAAUGGAUGAAAACUGUGGAUAAAAGCGGACUGCCCGGUAAAUAUAAAGCCUUGAUAUACCAACAUGGGAUACUGCCUCGCUUGCUGUGGUCGCUAUUGGUGUAUGAGGUACCAAUGAGCACAGUAGAAGGGAUGGAAACAACAGCGAGCAGAUACCUGAGGAGAUGGCUGGGGGUACCACGAAGUUUCAGCAGCAUUGGAUUAUACAGCUCUGGGACUAAGCUACAGUUACCUCUAAAGUCAAUAACUGAGGAAUUCAAGGUGACAAAGGUGCGUCAACACUUAAUGUUACAGAAUAGCAAAGACGAGAAGGUUCGGACAGCAAAAGUAGAUAUCAGGACGGGGAGAAAGUGGUCAGAAAAAGAAACUAUACAAGAAGCUGAAUCCCGCUUGAGACACAGUGACAUUGUGGGAAGACUGGCAAUAGGAAAGCAGGGACUUGAUGUCACACCAACAGCAAGAUGGGGUACAGCUUCGGUAGAAGAGAGGCGUAGUUUGGUGCAGAGAGAGGUGUGUGCAAUGGAGGAAGAUUCGAGAAUGGUCAAAGCAGUUGGAAUGAAGAAACAAGGUAGCUGGGUGAACUGGGAAAACGCACGUCAAGUGAAGCUGGGAUGGAAUAAUAUUUGGAAGAUGGAACCAUUCAGACUUCAGUUUAAGCUGAAAUCAGUUUACGAUGUUCUUCCCAGCCCAACUAACUUGGUAACAUGGGGAAUGACAGAUGAUCCAAAGUGUGUGCUCUGUGGUAAACCAGCAAACUUGGAGCACAUAUUAUCAGCUUGCUCAGAAGCUUUGAAAGAUGGGAGAUACACUUGGAGACACGAUAGAGUCCUAGCCAGUAUAGCUGACACCUUGGAGAAAGGUAUUAAAAAGCCAAAGAAGAAGGCAGAGAGCCUGAGAUUUGUCAACUUUGUGAAAGAAGGUGAAAAGGGACACAAAGUUAGAGUUGAAGGAAGUGGUCUGUUGGGGACAGCGACAGAUUGGCAGAUGCGGACAGACAAUUAUUAUGGAAUUAACAGUGCCAUGCAUGCAUGGGAAGACAGGAUGGAGGAUGCAUAUGAAAGGAAAAAUCUUAAGUACCAAGACCUACUGAAAGAUUGUCAGCAAAACGGAUGGAAGGUCUGGUUUUAUGCAGUGGAAGUGGGUUGUAGGGGAUUCGUGGGACAGUCUAUGUGGAGAGCACUGAGAGCCAUUGGCAUAACGGGAGCAGAGAGAAGGAGACUGAUAGGGAGUCUGUGCAGGGAGGCGGAAUCAGCGUCCAUGUGGUUGUGGAGAAGAAGAGCGGAUAAGUGGAAAGACAAUAAACAUUAG